CGGGGCUGGCGCGCGGCGCGGAGCAAGAUGGCGGCGGCGGCGGCAGCUGGUGCGGGCUCCGGGCUGCCGGGGCCGGUGGCCCAAGGGCUGAAGGAGGCGUUGGUGGACACGCUCACCGGGAUCCUGUCCCCGGUGCAGGAGGUGCGGGCGGCCGCCGAGGAGCAGAUUAAGGUGCUGGAGGUGACGGAGGAAUUCGGUGUUCACCUGGCCGAGCUGACCGUAGACCCCCAGGGGGCGUUGGCCAUCCGUCAGCUGGCGUCGGUCAUCCUGAAGCAGUACGUGGAGACUCACUGGUGUGCCCAGUCGGAGAGGUUCAGGCCUCCUGAGACCACAGAAAGGGCCAAAAUCGUCAUCCGGGAGCUACUGCCCAAUGGUUUACGAGAGUCGAUCAGCAAGGUGCGCUCCAGCGUGGCGUACGCGGUGUCGGCCGUCGCGCACUGGGACUGGCCCGAAGCCUGGCCCCAGCUCUUCAGCGUGCUCAUGGGGAUGCUGGUGAGCGGGGACCUAAACGCAGUCCACGGCGCCAUGCGCGUGCUCACAGAAUUCACUCGAGAAGUCACAGACACCCAGAUGCCGCUGGUUGCUCCUGUCAUCCUCCCAGAGAUGUACAAGAUCUUCACCAUGGCCGAGGUGUAUGGUAUUCGAACCCGUUCCCGAGCCGUGGAGAUUUUUACCACUUGUGCCCAUAUGAUCUGUAACAUGGAGGAGCUGGAGAAGGGUGCGGCCAAAGUCCUCAUCUUUCCUGUGGUGCAGCAGUUCACAGAGGCCUUCGUCCAGGCCCUCCAGAUACCAGACGGCCCCACGUCUGACAGCGGGUUUAAGAUGGAGGUCCUGAAGGCAGUGACAGCCCUGGUGAAGAACUUCCCAAAGCACAUGGUGUCCUCCAUGCAGCAAAUUCUUCCGAUCGUUUGGAGCACCCUGACUGAAAGUGCGGCUUUUUAUGUGAGGACAGAAGUAAAUUACACAGAGGAAGUAGAAGAUCCUGUGGAUUCUGAUGGCGAAGUCCUGGGCUUUGAAAAUCUCGUCUUUAGCAUUUUUGAAUUUGUCCAUGCUCUCCUGGAAAAUAGCAAAUUCAAAAGCACUGUCAAGAAGGCCUUACCUGAGUUGAUUUACUAUCUCAUCCUAUACAUGCAGAUCACCGAGGAGCAGAUUAAAGUGUGGACGGCCAACCCCCAGCAGUUUGUGGAAGAUGAAGAUGAUGAUACUUUCUCCUAUACCGUUAGGAUCGCAGCCCAAGACUUGUUGCUGGCUGUGGCCACUGAUUUCCAGAAUGAGAGCGCAGCAGCCCUGGCCGCCGCAGCAACUCGGCAUUUACAGGAAGCUGAGCACACCAAGAAUGGCGGCACCGGACAUUGGUGGAAGGUCCACGAGGCGUGCAUGUUGGCCCUCGGCUCGGUGAAGUCCAUCAUCACGGACAGCGUGAAGAAUGGCAGGAUCCCCUUCGACAUGCAUGGCUUCCUGACCGGCGUUGUCCUUGCAGACCUCAGCCUCUCCGUGUCUCCUUUCCUCUCGGGCCGGGCCCUUUGGGCUGCCAGCCGGUUCACUGUUGCUAUGUCCCCUGAAUUGAUCCAGCAGUUUCUUCAGGCAACAGUUAGUGGUCUUCAUGAGACACAACCCCCGUCAGUUCGAAUUUCUGCAGUGAGAGCCAUCUGGGGUUACUGUGACCAGCUGAAAGUCUCAGAGAGCACCCACGUGCUUCAGCCCUUCCUCCCCAGCAUCCUGGAUGGCUUAAUUCACCUGGCGGCUCAGUUCAGCUCGGAGGUCCUCAACCUGGUGAUGGAGACCCUGUGCAUCGUUUGUACGGUAGACCCAGAGUUCACAGCAAGCAUGGAGAGCAAAAUCUGCCCCUUCACCAUCGCCAUCUUCCUGAAGUACAGUAACGACCCCGUGGUCGCCUCGCUGGCCCAGGACGUGUUCAAGGAGCUGUCCCAGAUUGAAGCCUGCCAGGGCCCCACGCAGAUGAGGCUGGUUCCCACCCUGGUCGGCAUCAUGCAGGCGCCAGCGGACAAGAUCCCUGCGGGGCUCUGCGCGACGGCCAUCGACAUCCUCACCACGGUCGUGCGGGGCACGAAGCCCCCCCUCUCGCAGCUGCUUAUCUGCCAGGCCUUCCCCGCCGUGGCCCAGUGCACCCUGCACACGGACGACAACGCCACCAUGCAGAAUGGCGGCGAGUGCCUGCGGGCCUACGUGUCGGUGGCGCUGGAGCAGGUGGCCCAGUGGCGCGACGAGCAGGGCCACAACGGGCUGUGGUACGUGAUGCAAGUGGUGAGCCAGCUCCUGGACCCCCGCACCUCCGAGUUCACGGCCGCCUUCGUGGGCCGCCUCGUGUCCACCCUCAUCUCCAAGGCGGGGCGGGAGCUGGGGGAGAACCUGGACCAGAUUCUGCGCGCCAUCCUCAGCAAGAUGCAGCAGGCGGAGACGCUCAGCGUCAUGCAGUCCCUGAUCAUGGUGUUCGCCCACCUGGUGCACACCCAGCUGGAGCCCCUCCUGGAGUUCCUGUGCAGCCUCCCGGGGCCCACCGGCAAGCCUGCCCUGGAGUUCGUGAUGGCCGAGUGGACCAGCCGGCAGCACCUCUUCUACGGGCAGUACGAGGGCAAAGUCAGCUCGGUGGCGCUGUGUAAGCUGCUCCAGCACGGCAUCAACGCGGAUGACAAGCGGCUGCAGGACAUCCGCGUGAAGGGGGAGGAGAUCUACGGCCUGGACGAGGGCACCCGCACCCGCUCCAAGGCGGCCAAGAACCCUGAGCGCUGGACAAACAUUCCCCUGCUGGUCAAGAUCCUGAAGCUGAUCAUCAAUGAGCUGUCCAGCGUCAUGGAGGCCAACGCCGCCCGCCAGGCCGCCCCUGCAGAGUGGAGCCAAGACGACUCCAGCGACAUGUGGGAGGACCAGGAGGAGGAGGACGACGACGAGGAGGACGGCCUGGCGGGCCAGCUCUUGUCCGACAUUCUCGCCACGAGCAAAUACGAGGAGGAUUACUACGAGGACGACGAGGAGGACGACCCAGAUGCCCUGAAGGACCCUCUCUAUCAGGUCGAUCUGCAGGCGUACCUCACGGACUUCCUCUGCCAGUUUGCUCAGCAGCCCUGCUACGUGGUGUUCUCAGGCCACCUCAGCGACCACGAGAGGCGGGUUCUGCAGACCAUUGGCAUCUGAAGCGGUCCUCCUCCCGCCCCGCGGCACACCGGCCUGCAGCCCGCACCGGCCCUGAGGUGCACUUGCUUCUCAGCCUAGAGCGGCCUCUGCAGAGCGACACUGACAGUACAGACCAGGCUCACCGGUGCCAUCACCUAGGAACGCUGGAACAAAGGACCUCUCCCAAAGUACCCUGAAGAAGCCCGUCUCCGGGACCUCUUUGUCCCCAGCUGUGCCCACCUCUGCUCCUAGAGUCCUCCGCUGGCCAGG